UGAAAUCACGCAAAUUUGAGAGUCACAUGCAACCAUGCCUAGACAAAUGCACGUGCAGGUAUGUAACACGCGUGGUGAGUGGGCUUGAGGUGUAGUUAUUGAGCACAAAAAGAAAUGCAAAGAAACAUUGAGGUGGGACCCUCGUUUGUUCGAUGCCCUGGUUUCCUUGGUGGCCCUGACAUGCCAGCUUUGGUUUUGCGGUUUCUAUGGGAAAGUACAGGAUUUCAAACUCACAAACGAGAGAUAUUAACUGCCCUUUGAUAACAAAUUGCAUUAUUUCCACUUCCUCAAGACUGCAGAACUGCUUUCCUGUCAACAGCAUCUACACUCCAACUGUCUCAUUAUGAGGUGAAUGUGUUUUAUUGUCUUCAGACUUCAUUUUCUUCCUCCAUGGCUGGGUAUGUCUCUUAGAGCCCAUAAUUCGAAAUCCUCAGCCCUUCCACAGCAUCAGGAACAGGAAUAUGCCGUUCCAGAAGGCCCUUCUUUGGAGCACAGAGCUCCCAUCUCCUCAGGCCAUCUUUCCUUGCUGUCUCCCAGCCUCAAUAUCUUCUUCCAUUUCCCCUUUCUCUGCCAAGCCAGCCUUUCUGACUUGUUUGGGUGUGGAGGUUUUGGGGUUUUUCCUUGUAAUCAAUAGUGUCAGUGUGCAAUCCAGCAUCCAUCACAUUUUAUACCACCUUUCACACCCAAAUCCACCAAGUUUUUUGUCCAGCCGUCCUCUCCCCGCUUCACACCGUAGGCCCUUUUCUCCCUCAUUUGCACCAAACUGCUGUCUCCUCCCAUCGUUUUCUGCCCCUCUUUCUGCCUUUCAGCACCAGAAGAGACGCAGUAAAUCUCCGGUGCUGGUGCCAGUCCCCCCGGCCGCCGGGGCCGUGUCUGGAGGGAGUUUCUGCCCAGUCACGGCGGCGCCGAGCCCCGGAGCGCCGGGACCGUCCCUCGGGGCAGGAUGGGUGACAGCCACGUCAGGAGAGGUGCACUGAGGCACACUGACCCCUUGCAUUUAUUGCAAACAUGGGUAAUAGAUUAUUUACUUUUUUCUCAGUGAAAGCGUCUAUAUUAAACUUCUCGGGAUGUGCAUCUCUUGUAAGCAACCCCUUCCCAGACUAGAGCAGCCCAGUGCAAACCGCAAACACUGCCGAGGGUCAGAACAAGCCGCCGCUACCCUGCCCCUUGCAGAGGCCACCGCGGCACAUCCCCGUUCCGGCGGCCGCUGCUGUCGCCGCUGCUGUCGCCGCUGCUGUCGCCGCUGCUGUCGCCGCUGCUGUCGCCGGACGGGGACUGGGUCGGGAGCAGACCAGACCCGCCCGCCCGAGGCGCCGAGCGAUGAGCGGCCCGUCCGCGAUCCAGGGAAUCGAGCGGCGGCGCUGAGCGGCGAUUGGCGGCGCGCGGACGGCCCCGCCCCGCCCCUCACAUGACCGCUGGCGAGGUUUUUGUCGCGCCCGCUCGCCCCGGCCGCUCGCCGUGCCCCGGUGUCUCCGCCGCCGGCAGCAGCAGCAGCAGCACCGGCGCCAUGGGCCCGCGCCGCUCCGCCGCCUCCUCCUGCCACCGCCUCCUCCUGCCGCUGCUGCUGCUCGGCGUCUCUGGUUUUUUCCAGUCCUAUGCAGUUGAAGUAGAUAUAAAGGAUGCUUCUAAUGCUACAUGCCUGUAUGCAGACUGGAUGAUGAGGUUCUUGAUAACAUAUGAAUCAAACAAUGGUGAUUAUAAAACCACAACCCUGAAUUUGUCAUCGAGUGUGACACACAAUGGAAGCGUCUGUGGCAAUGACACACAAGCUGCCCUUCUGGCAGUGCAGUUUGGAGAAGGCCAUUCUUGGAGCAUGAACAUCACAAAAAACAAUGAAACUUACCAGGGAGACUUCAUCACACUGACGUACAACACCAAUGAUACCGCUGCGUUUCCUGAUGCUAAAAGAAAAGGACCAGUUACUGUUCUUGUGAAGGAUCCUUUGCAUCCAGUUCAACUGAAUACUGUCUUCGUGUGUCAUCAUUCCUACUUUUUUGAAGCAGAAAAUAUAACACAGAUUUUCUGGAAUGUUACUGUGCAGGCUUUUGUUCAGAAUGGCACAGUCAGUAAAAAAGAGUCUAGAUGUCCUGCUGAUAGACCUACUUCUGCACCUACUAUUCCACCUACUAUUGCCAAUGUAACAACUGCAUCUACCACUACUUUGUCUCCUGCUCCAACAAGUGCUCCCAAACCUGUGGAGAAUCCAGACACAGGAAAUUAUUCUCUUAAAAGUGGAAAUAAAACUUGUUUCCUGGCGACUGUGGGGCUCCAACUGAAUGUUACCCAAGACAAGCCUCUUCUGAUCAACAUCAAUCCAAAGACAACUGUUGCAGAUGGUGCCUGUGGUAACACAACAGCCACUCUGAAAUUGAAUGAUGGAAAUAGCACGCUGAUUGGUUUCACAUUUGCUGUUAAAAAUACAAGUGCAAGUGUACAAAAAUUUUAUCUGAGGGAGGUGAAUGUUACGCUGCUCAACCAUCUGAAUGGUUCUGUCAUUUCAAGUGCAGAUAACAGCAAUUUCAGCAAGUGGGAUGCUUUCCUUGGUAGCUCUUACAUGUGCCGAAAAGAGCAAACUCUUCAGAUAAAUGAAGAUGUUCAAGUACAUACUUUUAAUCUAUGGAUUCAGCCAUUCCUUGUGGAGGCAAAUAAGUUUGCUACAGCUGAAGAAUGCAUUGCUGAUUCUGACCUGAACUUUCUUAUUCCCAUCGCAGUGGGCGUGGUGCUUGGAUUCCUUAUCAUUCUUGUCUUUAUCUCUUACAUCAUUGGAAGAAGAAAAAGUCGUACUGGCUAUCAGUCUGUAUAAUCUCUUAAUUCCAUCUCUGUUCUACCUUCCCUGUUCUUUUCCCUUUCCCAGACUUCCUGACCUGCUCCUUAAAAGAAAAACAAAUUAAUUCAAGGUUUCUUUAUUUAAAGAUGUUAAAAGGGUUGAUGACAGAAUAACAGUCACUUCAUGACAGAAUAACAUGCCAUGAGUCUGAAGAUGAGUUGCAGGAGCUACUGUAUGACUUUGGAGAAAAUAAGUGUUCUGAGGUCCAGAGAAUUGACCAUAGUUGGUGUGUUCCUGUGGGAAGUGUGAUUAUUUUUAGCAAAGACACCUACAAAACUUUCUGUCAUUUAAUCUUUUUAUACAAGAGAAUUUCUAGAUGCCUACAGCUUGUCUUGGUUAAUGCUACAGCUAAAACUAAUUAAAAGUGUGAAUGCUGUGUCAAAAGGAACUGUACAUGCAGUGGGGAAAUGAAUACCCAGCUCUCAACAGACUUCUGUUGGGAGCUUGGCAUAUGGCUGUUCUUGUGAAUCAGCCUGAAUUUCCUAUUCCUUCUGAAUGUAAAAGCAGUACCUGAUCUCAGUAAUACCCUGACAUAGGAGAAGAACAUCUGAUUUUUCUAGUAAAUUCUUUUAUUUAACAUCAUAUGGAGAAGCUGACUGCUAGUGUAAGUUGAAUAGAUUUGCACUACCAUGGUGUCUAAUUUGCGAAGAUAAGGUUCAGGUCUGGAGAACUUUGGCUACUCAGAAAAGGCCAGUCUGCUGAAGGAAAUGUCUCCUGUGCUAUUUUGUUGAACUGUAUUUUUUCUUUUGUUCUGAGCUCAAUUGUGAAAUGAGGGUGGGAGGCUGGAAUUUCACUGUCUGCAGUUUCUCUCAGCUUUGAUUCUGAACAUAAAAGAAACUACACAGCAUUGGUCCAUGUGAGGCUCAAAAGUAUUUUGAGAGAGCUCAGACUGGCUAAGAACACAUUGCUCAGAGAUUCCUGCAGUUUCUUUGGACAGCUUUCAGAGGUUAAUAGGUUUCAUAGGGAUCACUGAAAAGCUAUGAUCUCUGAAUGCAAGUGGACAUAUAAAGCCUUUCAGGUUUGAUAGAAUUAAUCUGCUUUUAACUUCCUUAUUACUGCUGUCUCAGUGUAAGAGCACAAACUUUCUAGCAUGAGGAAUGCUGUUCAUAAAGCAGAAAUGAAUAUUAUGUAUAGUGAAGAGACUUCCAAAGGAAUAAAAGCAUCUUACCUGUUUGAAGAUGCUUUCUUUAUUAUUAGUGCCAUACCUUUGCACUUCGAUGUUCCAUAGCUAAACUGUACAAAAAUCGAAUUUAGUAGUUUGUGGUUGUGGUCUGCUUCAUUCCCAUCAGAUUCAUGUUGAUGGAAUGAAAGAAACCUCUUGCUCUUUAAACCUUUUUGGUCCAUCUUGGCAAAAGCCAUUUGCAGCCAAUAAACCUUGAGGGCACACAAAGUUCUGUCCUCUGCAGCAAGUGUUUACUAAAGCUGCCUCAAUAUUUAAUCUCUUUGUGCAUUGACCCAUGUUGUGGGAAAAGCACCUUCAGUAAUUCACAUACACAAAGGUGACAGUCAACACUGAUGUUUAAGCAACUCACAAUAGCUGUGUGUUCAGGGAAGGGAGUUGUCCAAAGAGUUAGUUUUGAUGUUUGAGUAAUACCUGUGCAUUCAAUUAUUCUUGUCCUCACAGUGACCAAAGAUACACUCUACCUGAUUCUGACAAAAGUGAUUCUAUAGUACAAAAUGGGCUCUUGGACCAAGUUGUCUUUUUUUUUAUAGGAACGUAGUUAAAUGCAUAUGAGUUGGACUGUGUGCUUUAGGUUUGGUAGUCUUGGUCUCUUGUACUGUACCUUUGCUCUCGCAAUACUUGAUUUCCCUGCCAGUGUUAAAUUGAAUUAUUUCAGGUGGCAUUUUAUGAGUACACCCACUUUUUAGUGUGGUACUUCUCUGCUGCCAGCAGAUGGAUCACAGCUAUGUUUUCAUGCUGAGAUUGCAGACUGAAGUAUUUAAUAUCACUUUUGCUAGGCUAUCUUAGUGAAAUGUGGUCAUUUUCUAGAUGCAAACACGUACACAUAUAUAUUUUGUAUAUAUGUAGAAAGUAUUAUUUUGAGCUUCAACAGAUGUCAAAAAUUGAUCCAGCACUUUAAGGUUGUUGCAGCAUGAAGAGUGGUGUCUACAAUUUUCCAGAUCUUAAAAUGACUGUACAAAUACGCUGACAGCGGAAUAUAAUAAAGUUAAUUUUUGUGUUUAUAAAGCUCUGUUUCAGUGUAAAUAAACAUGAAUGCCAUUUCUGAGAGCUUUUCCAGAGGGGCUGUCAAUGUGCUUGGAUCUGGAUGUUUGUUGGGAAACAGAAGCUUUUGCUUCUAAGUUAUUCACAGAUGUACAUCCAAAUCAGCUGAUUUUGUGUUGAUUUGGUCAAAGCAUGGGUCUAGCACCUGCUAAAGAUGGGACCUCCUCUUCCAGCAGAAUCCUUCCAAUAGACAGAUAGGGAAUAGAUAUUAAAUAAAGUUUUAUCUUGUUGCUAGUGUGAAGGCUGUUAAUUUAAUAGCAUGAAACACAAUGAAUUUGGUUUCCUUUCAAGACCCCACAAAUAUAAAUGCUUUAAAAGAGCUAAAGUAAUUGACAGAGAAAUGCUUGUGGGUUUAACUAAUUUCUGAUGUCAAAAGAAGAGCCACUUCCCCAGCAGCAUCCUCCUUGGCAGAAGCCAGUUUCUGUGGGUCAGAAAGUGCCCUUGCAGAUAAUUUGUGCAGGCAUAAUGAAUAUGUCGCCCUGGUUCUAUCAGUGCCAUCUGGAUAAUGACAACUGAGCCAAGAUAGUUCCUAAACUAACCUGGUUCAGGUAUUUAACAGUUCUUAAUAAAUAGUUUUUGCCAGAUGGUUGGUUGUGAUGUUUCGUGAAGAGUGAGUCUUAUUGUACUGGGCUCCUGAACUCUUUAUCCUGGGGCAGUUUAUCAAGUGCUUAAGAAUUCUGGGAUGUUGUUACAUGCUGUUUGGAAAUUCAGUCCCUAACUGGCAGCACAAACUGCAUCUCAACACCAGUGUUUCAAGAAUGCCACCACAGAGUUAAUUUUACUGUAGUCACUUUAUUUUAAAUAUAAAAAAUCACUUCUUAGAGACUGAUAUAGAUCAGGAAAUGACAGCAGAUAAAGUUCCUUGGCUAUGGAUGUAGGACAGACAUACCAUAAUGCCCCUGUUCAGUCAUUAAUUUUAGUAAGCGUGCUUUCCAAGUCGUGCAUUAUCCCAAGGUGUCCUGUCCUGCUGUGUUCUCACAGCUCCCAGCAAACAGAGUGCAACUGGUCUCUGUCACACCCGAGGGAGGCUCAGCCUGCUCAGGGCAGCGCACUCUGUGUUUCGUCAGCCUUUGGGGGUGAUAAACUGAUGCCUUCAGUCACCCAAACUCUGACCCCUUAACAGUGAAAGGACUGAGUUAUUUUCCUGUAUUUUGCUGCAGCACUGUAGCUGUGACCUCUCUGGAAUGGGGAAGCACAGGUCUGAAAGCUUCGGGCACUUCUGUGCCUGAUCAGGAGACACUGGCAACUUAUGAACCCUGACAGGAGAGAAGAGCUCCUCUCACUCAUCCCUGUCCAAGAGAUGGGGUGAGGAUUCUGGGACAGAGAGAAGUACUGGAGUGAGGAGGAAGGAGGGAGAAAUGCAUUAAUCUUCCCACUUCAGAAAGGAACAGCAGGAAGGGCUCAAGGGCAAACAAUUUUCUGUGGCCCUUGCUCAGCACCUUGGGUGUGCUAAACAAGCUGUGUAAAAUGCUGUAGUCAAGAUGCUUGUGGGGCUGGAGAUCCUAGAAAGCAUUUUGAGAGCUGCCAUUUUCACUUUUCUACUCUGAAAUUGCAGGCAUGAUCUAGAAUUUUUGCUGUUUAUCAUUUUAACAAGAAUAGUGCUAAUGAACUACCUCCUUUUUAGCUUUUGCCUGAGAAAUGUACAUAAAACUAUGCUAAAAAAAUAAAAUUUAAAGCCAGGAAAGAUGCAUUCCACAGGGAUCACUCAUAAAAGACCUUAUGAAAAUAAUAUUUGGAUACCAGAGGUUUUUUUCAAUCAAAAGUAAAAUCUUUUGCAGGUUCUCUCCCCAGGGGAAAACAUUUGAUUUUCACUAACAAUGAUUUACAUCAGAAGAUGGAAAAUGUGGAUCCAUGCCCCAUUUUAUCUCAUUGGUUUCCUAACUAUGAACAAAAAUAAAUUAACAAUAAUGUC